AUGGCCUCGCCCUUGAGAACUCUACGCGUCGCAGGAGGCUUGAGACGAAGCUUGGUGCAUCGACCUCUGCGCACCAUCUCUACCACGUCCGGUCCCCGCAAGGUUGCCAUCUCUGCCUCGGGCAUUGAGAUCACAUCCGGGUCGUCUCCCGAACCUAAGAGGGUUACCCUUCCAAGCAUCUGGCUUCGAGCCGAGGAAGAUGUCAGCUACCGGUACUGGGGUGCGGAGAUCGCCCAGGAUCCUCCUACCGUCGAAUACGCCGAAGUGAUGGAAGAGUCUGGGGGCGAAAAGGGAGUAGGAACCCUGACCAAACUCAUUCGCGAGUACGGUUUCGCCUUCGUGGCUAACUGCCCCCACACCCCGGAGGCGACGGAAAAGCUCCUGGAAAGGAUCGCUUUCGUCCGGGUGACGCAUUACGGGGGAUUUUACGACUUCAUCCCGGAUCUUGCCCUUGCAGACACCGCAUAUACUAACCUUGCGCUCCCAGCGCACACAGAUACGACAUAUUUCACUGACCCUGCAGGCCUACAAUCCUUCCAUCUACUAUCGCAUAUUCUCCCAUCAUCGGCAUCUGGCAAGGGAGAAGAGCUAGGAGGGCAGUCGUUGCUCGUUGAUGGGAUCCACGCCGCGAAUAUCCUGAGGAAGGAGGAUCCAGGGGCCUUUGACAUCCUGACAAAGGUGAGGCUUCCGUGGCAUGCUAGCGGGAAUCAAGGGAUUACCAUCGCGCCGGACCGACGAUAUCCCGUGUUUGAACUGGACGAGGAAACCGGCGAGGUCCACCGAGUACGCUGGAACAAUGAUGAUCGUGGAGUUGUGCCGUUUGAUGGAGGAGUGUCUCCUACCGACUGGUACGACGCAGCGAGAAAGUGGUACUCCAUCCUUACCCGGCCGGACAUCGAAUACUGGACUCAGUUGCGACCAGGCCAGCCCCUGAUCUUCGAUAACUGGAGAGUCCUUCAUGGAAGGAGUGCAUUUGAGGGAGUGCGAAGAAUCUGUGGUGGAUAUAUCAACCGGGAUGAUUUCAUCUCGAGGUGGAGAAACACUAAUUUCCCUCGGGAGAAAGUCCUAAGCCAGGUGAUUGGAUAG